GUGUUGCAUGGCCGUAGAGUGGUGUCUGCGCCGCGGUGUCCUGUCAGCUGUCGCCUACCCCGUGUCUCACAGCCCUCACCACGAUUCCCGAUGACCCCCGCACCGCAGGGUGCUCCCGGCGCGCCCGGGCCUGUCUGCGCGGCAGAGCCGCGGGCGAGGCGAGCGCAGGCGGAGCGGAGCGGAGCAUCCCCGCGGCGUGCCGCCGAAACGGGUCCCAGCUCGCACCCCGAAUACUGCAUGGCUGCGUUAGCACCAAGCACCUGAGCAGGCGCGUUUCUCAGAGGACCCUUAGCCUGGGCUCGGAGCUGGCACAGUUCCCUCUCUGCCAGGGGGAAGCCCCCGCCCCGUACUCCGCCGCACACCGCAUUCAUGUUCACAGAACGUCAUGGCAGCGCAGAGGGGUUUUGCAAGGGUUUGUUUCACGUGACGCACUGAUACAUCAGUUUUUGACCCAUCUUUUUGCCGAGCUGUGACACAGGGGCUUUCUCAUGUACUCCAAAAUGUCGCCCCAAAGUGCUCCAGACUAACACCAGGAUCUGCGGCUCCGGGGCAGUACUGCCAUACUGUACAGCAACCAAAGCGGUUUCUAUUUUCAGAAGAAAAGAGCGAUUAAAGUGUUUGCCUAGGCAGGUAUUUCAGUCUGCUUCGAUUCCCAUGCAACUUGUGGCAAGUCACGUAGCCCCCACGUGCUUCACUUCCUGACCAGCAACAGAAGGAAAAUAGUAUUUUCAGGAAAAAUAAUGCUUUCCCACCACCCAGGCAUAUUGUGAGAAUGAAUGUGAAAACCGCUCUGACGUGCACUGACAUUACAGCAAGUAUUUGACACAGGUUUUCAUGGAAGAUGGAGAACUGAACAUUACAGAUGUGAUUAUCCUUCAAAACAGGAGAAAUGGAGAACCCACAGAAAGUAAACAUGCGAGGCAGUCUGCUGAAGUGGGCAAGGGAUGCCACAGUACAAAUAGCAAGGAAUGAACUUUGCAUUGCCAAAAGUGUUUCUUCAGCAUGUCCCAUACAUAUAUUAUUGACCAGAAAAUGGCCCAGCGAAGCCCAAUCUUCCCAACUCUUGCCCCUUCUGAAAGACGGGUUCGUAACAUAGCACUGCAUAGCCAGGCAUUGACAGCGGUCCCGCUGGCAUCUGCGAGCCUGGUGGAUCAGCUGGAAGACAGAAUCCUAAGCCAUGAGAAAACAACAGCGGCUCUUGUGGAACACGCUUUUCGUAUUAAGGAGGACAUUGUUUCCACUCUGCACAGAAUGCAGAACAAAGGGGGGGGUGACCGGUUGGCUAGGCAACUCCUGGAGGAACAUAUCCGAAACAUAACGGCAAUAGUGAGGCAGCUUAAUCGGGACAUUGAGAUGCUGCAGGAACAGAUACGUGUCAGAGACAAUCUCAGCUAUGGAACAAAUUCUACCCUGAAGAGUCUAGAAAUGCGGCAGCUUUCUGGUUUAGGAGAUCUUCGGGGAAGAGUUGCAAGGUGUGAUGCUGGGUUAGCCAGACUGUCUGCAGAACAUAAAAUUACCUAUGAAAGACUUCAGAGCUUAAGUAAAGACCAACAGACCUCCAAGCUUAUCUUGGAAUCUAAAAUCAAAGAAGCAGAAAUACAGAUUUCUCAUCUUCUGAGCAGAGUAGAGCAAUCAAUAAUGCAACAAGAAGCAAAGCUGAAGAUUGCCUACAAAGAGAGCAACCAACAGCUCCACCUUCUGGAUGUGAAAUUAAAAAAUGCUAUUGAAGAACUCAGCAGCCAGAUUUUGUCUGCACGUAGCUGGUUGGAACAGGAACACGAAAGGAUUGAAAAAGAGCUUGUGCAAAAGAUUGACCAACUCUCAUCUACUUUCAAGGAAAAAACUGAAAUGAGUGAAAGAGCUAUAGAGAUGAAAUUCAACCAAAUGGCAGAGAAAAUUGACAAAAUAGAAGAAAUACAGAAGAUAACCAUGGAAGCACAUGAAGCAAAACAGACUGAAGAAAAGAUAAAUAUUCGCAUUGGCAAACUUCAAAAUGAGAUAAAUGAAGAUAUAAAAGAAAUGAAAGCUGAAGUUAAUGCUGGAUUUGCAGCUAUCUAUGACAGCAUUGGGUCUCUACGGCAAGUUCUAGAAGCAAAAAUGAAGCUGGACAGAGAUGAACUACAGAAGCAGAUCCACCAACUGAAGCAGGAGGUUCCAACAUGGGGAGAGGCUGGACCAUGACCGCAAGAUACUGGCUGAGAGAUUAAUGUUUACCUGGCUAAAUAGGCAGACUGCAAUCUUGUUCCAGUCUGUAAUCCAAAUUAAGUGCACGUACCAAACGACAUGCCGCUGUUGCACAGGUCCGUAUGUUUACUCAAAGCGGUAAGUGCAAGCUCUUCAUAGAUCAGCUGACAACAAGCUUUUAGGCAUGAGGUGUUGAUUUGCCACUGCACUACUCUAGUUGCUCUCAGGAGAUUAAGCACCAUGUAAAACUGGAGUAAUAUAUUGGUGAAGCUGGCACCUGAUUUGCUAAAGGCAUUCCAGUUUCACAGGUUUGAUCAGACAAGUAUACACUUAUAUACAUUUAAGCACCUGCACACCCCCUUUAGAAAAGAAAAAUAAAAAAGCCCAAAACAAACAACAAAACCUCCCCAACAAACAAGUUGAUACAAAUUGUUUGACAUCAGGCUGGCAAGGUGCUUCACCUGGAGACAAAUCACUUGAGUGAAGUCAAUGACAUUUUUACAGUGACUUUCCCUACUACUGACUUCCUGGGGAGACAGAAUUGGCACGAAACAGACCAAUUUUCAUAACCCAGAUACCAACAGAAAAAAAAUAUGUUUGUUUGGUAUUGCAAAUAUCCUCUGUGUGUGUAAACCAAGUAGUGUUAUAUAAUGUAGUUGUAGAAGAUGAUUCAUCAACAACAUAAGAAACUUAACUUGCGUGGUCUUGUAUUGUAAUAUCUUUAAAUUAAUAGCCAAGUGGAGCCGAGACAAGGUAAAAGAUGUACAUAUGAGUAUUUUGUUACUGGGCAUGUGUUCCUGUGACUUGUUUCAUUAUAACUUUGAAAGGAUUGAAAACGAAAGAGAAGGUGAUAAUCUAACAGUCUGGAGAGUGUACUGUAAAAUAAAAUGCAGUUUAUGAUCUGCUUAGAAAUUUUCCAUGGAGUGAAACAACAGAUUCUUCAGAUUUAAGUAGACUUUAAUAAUUCAGUAAAUUCAAACUUCUAUUUGUCUUCACAGUAUUUCCAAAUAAUAAUGGUGCUUAUUUCCAUUCUCGGAACAGAUUACAUAAUGAAAAUCAGCACCCAUAUAGCAUACAUAUUAAUCUAGACAGGAAAAUAUAUAUAUGUUGAUUUUGUAUCUUCAUUCAUAGCUUGAUAUUGCUCUUCAUGUUUGUAAAUCAGGCAGGAUUAAACACUCGUGAAGAAUAAAAGACUUAAUCCAGUACCUUAUUAAUUCAUACUAUUAACAACAACUCAUAUACAAAAAUACUUUGAAUUUACAAAAGCAUUACUGUUAAAGUAAAUAAAUUAUGAGGAUCUCUCUGCACUGUCUUUAAUGGACCUUCCUUUUGGCUAGUACUACAAAGCCAUAUUCCUGUUUGAAAAACCAGUGGCCAGUUUCUCAAGACUUCCAUGGAAAAGGAGGUUUGGCCCCCAGAGUCAUAUUUAUAAAAAAAUUUAAAAAAAAACAACAAAAACCAAAAAUCAAAAAACCUUAAACUCAUCUACUUCAGUAAGACAGUGUAGUGUCUAAAAACCAAACACAUCUUUACAGGUUUAAUGCCUAAGUUCAUAUUGACUUCCUAUAGAGUUUCAAGUAAUCUAAUGCAUCAAAGAUACAGGAAGUUUCUGCAACUCUGACUUCCAGUGCUCUCUGACAACAAAACUGCCCCCAUUAUUGCUGUUUUGUACCAUUUGUGUGCUGUGAAACAUAUUUACAACAGCAGCUAAGGAGAAAGACCAGUUCAAUAAAGGGAGACAAGGAAAUACUUGCAGAUACUUCUUAAGAAUUGUCUUUAAAAUUCAUUCUUUUUCAUGUCUGUAUUCUUAUCUAGUCUUAAAUAUUUAGCCAUGGGCAGUGGAAAAGCCAUCACCAAUAUUUUAUAAAAAAAAGAACAAAGAAAAAAGCAACAAGAGAUGGAAAAAAAAAACUAUAAUUUUUUUCUUUUGCAAUUGGAAAUCUGUACCAGAGAGGAUCUGGUAUGACAUGAAGAGCCCACAAGGAAUCAGAGAAACAAUUUAUAUAGGACUUCCAUAAAAUGUUUCUCUUGUAAUAAUCCUGUGUGAUUCAUGCAGAUAUAAAAUAACGCAUAAAGCACUGUUUUGAAAAGACUUUUUUCUAAAAUUUCAGCUAAAACAAACAACUAAAAGCCCAAAUAAAACAAUAUUGAAAUGCAAUCUACCAUCAAGCAGUGCCUUCAAACUAUAUAAAGUGCUGUGUGGAGGGAGGCACAGGUUAUGGGGACUCAUAUGCUGGAAAGAGACAGGCAGAAAUGGCUAGCUGGGAUACACACAAGUGUAGCCUGCCCAUCGUACAUCCUUUUCAGAGUGCUCUAACUAGUCAGUUGUGAAAGGAAGCCACAUAUUCCAGACCAAGAGUUUCUGCAGAAAAACUGAGGAAAAGCCAGGAAAAAAAAAGUAAUGUGAAGGAAGAUUGAAAAAUCUGGAGAAGUAACAGAGAAAAAGAGUAAGUCAAAAGAGUGGAGCAAUGGAACGGUAGCUGCAUGGGCAAAGGCAAGGAGUAGCUACCUGCUGCUGAAGCACAGAACAGGUCUGAAGAUUUUAGCAAGAUCUGAAAGUUACAAACAAUACUAUAUUUGAUAAAAAACAAAGACCCCUGAAGGAGGGGCACAUUAAUUGUUUUGUCCUAAUUCAUGCUCCCUACUUGCCUGCUGCAUUUUAAUCUGCUCAAACAAUUGGAAAAAUAAAUUCUUUCGUUUUCCCUUCA